AUGCCUCAGGCUCGCCGUCGCGUGCCCUACAGCAGCUUGCCCCCUGUCGGGCCGAUCAACGCAGCACAAGAUGUGCUCUUCUACCUCUCGUCCGCCCGUGCGUGGAACCAACCCCCGUUCGCGUUCGCCAUCUUGAAGAGCUACUGCGACCUCAAGCUCGCGAGGGGAAAGAUGCUCAAUGACCUUGAUCAAAAGCUCAGCAUUGUCGAGUCUCAACUCGUCCCCCACUUUGAACCCAUCGUGUCCGAGAUUCGCGAGUACUAUGGUCUGCCUGUGACACACAUGAUGCGCGGUGCCCGUCUCGCUCGUAUGUCCACCACCGGUGGGUCCGGCGGCGGGCCCACUGCCAGUGGCGGUACAACGUCGACGGGUACACGCAUCACCCGUGCGUCAACCACCACGUCUGCAACGACAACUUCGAGUGCGGCGAACCGCCGGCCCGCAGUGACACGCCAGGAAACUGGGGAUGGCGAGCUCCCACCUCCUCCCUACGCGCCGACGGACCCAGACCCCGAGUCGACGGCGAUGCUCACCGUUAUGCAGGCGAGCGCCGUCCCAGAUGAAGCCCCUGCACCACCCCCGGCCUCACCGCCUGCGACGUCGCCCGCUAACCAACGGGCGACGCUCGGCAGGAUACCCAGUGCCUCGGCAUCCCUGCAUGGCCGGACACCCUCGACCGCAUCGAGUUUCAACCCUGGCACGCCCAGUAAUGAGCAUGUUGGCCAGCUCAGUGGCGACGCGCCGCGUCCGAACGACUUCCCCGCGACGCCGGCUGCGCGCGUGGGCAACCAAACGUCGCCGCCUUCUGGUGCCAAUGGCUCCAGUGGACAAGGGCGUAGCGACAGUGAGGACCCAGACGUGCAGCGUAUCCGCGAAGAGAGCGAACUGGAGGAGGCCAUGCGCGCGUCGCGUGCCGCCGAAAAGGAGCGUCUCGAGUACCAGCGCGCGAUCCAGGAGAGUAUCGCACAGUACGAAGAGGACACGAUGCUCCGCUCCGCAUCGACGGCCAUGUACCAAUCCGAGUCGCCCGCUGGUCCCAGCACGCAACGUCCAGGUGCGGACGAUGGCGUCCGCCGCACGUCCUCCUACCACCCUUCGGGAUCGGCGCCGGUCGGCGCGAUGCGCCGUACUCAGACGACGCACCGUGGGGCGUCGCAGACGAGCAACGACGAGGACGACCUACUCGGCCUCAGCAGCGAGCCGACAUACACCGGAAGCGGCAAGGGCAAGGCUCGGCCAGCCACCACUCACACCGAGUCACUCAUGGAUUUGAUGGAAAACGUCAGCUUCAGCGUUCCACCCCUUGAACCGACCAAGACUGGGCCAAUGUCUCCUCCUCGCCAGGCAACGGUCCAGGUGCUUCCCGAUUCUCCUUCGGUCAUUGUCCCUCAGAGCACUGGCAUGCAGAGCAACAACCCGUUCCUCAGCGAGGCGGAGCGUCACCGCCUGAGCCAGCAGCAGCAGCCAGCUGUAGCCAGUCCCCCUGCGGACCAUACUCCCCCGCACACCGAGUCUCCGCCCAUCACUCUCGGCCACGAGGAGCGCGUCGGGUCAGUGUCCUCGUUUGAGCGCCAUUACCCAUCGCUUGAGCGCGAAUUGCCGCCUAUUCCGACGGACGACUACGCCUCGCCUGAUGGCCCGCCUCCAGGCUGGCAGGGACCUCCCCUGUCGCCCAUCACCGAAGCGACUGCUCCUCGCCCGCUCCCUGUCCCCGGCCAGCAAUAUCAGCAGCAGACCGUCCCACCUGUGCCUCCCCUCCCCAGCCGCAUGUCCACUAACGGCGCCGGCAUGGUUCCUAUCCCUGUCCCCAUGCCGCACGGCGCCGAGCCCAUGACUCCAGGCUCCCACUUUGUGGUUAGCAGUCCGCCACAGUCUCCCGGCAUCCACACCCCGACGGUCACCGCUUUCCCUACUCCAUACGCGCACAGCGGCGGCCUCGCACCGGCCACGCCGCCACCUCUUCCAGCUCGCUCCGCCUCCCCUGCUCCGAUCCUUAUUGGCGGCGAGAACGCGCUCGAGAUGCUGCGCGAGUAUGACACCGUCUUCCUCGUCGAUGACAGUACCUCGAUGAAGGGGGAGCGGUGGGAACAGGCCAAGACGGCGAUCAUGGGUGUGGUCGCGCAGGCAGUGCGGUACGAUGAAGACGGUAUCGACGUGUACUUUCUCAACUCGAAGCGGGUCGGCAAGGGCCUGCACAACACGGCCGACGUUGAAGAGCUGUUUGCCGGGCUCGACCCCAAGGGCGCCACGCCAACGGGAUUGCGUAUCGAGUCUAUUUUGCGCGACUACAUGGCCCGCCUGGAGCGCAGCGUCACCGACGACAAUGCCGCAGACAUACGCUCAAUGAACCUCAUUGUGGUCACCGACGGCGCGUUUGCCAUUCCCGUCCUCCGCCGUGCCCGAUUCACAACUGAUCCUCUUGAACGUGACACUCUUUUGCGUACAGCCCCCACGGACGACCCGGAGAGCGUGUUGAUUUCAAUUGCCAAGCGUCUCGACAGGGGCGAUUUCCCGCUCAGCCAGGUUGGCGUCCAGCUGUUGCAGAUCGGAGACGAUACCGAUGCGCGUGAGGCGCUCCAGGAGCUUGACGAGGGUCUCGCCCACGCCCACGGGGUGCGCGACAUGGUCGACACAGUUCCUUAUAAUGGCCAGGAGCUGAGCGCCAACCUCAUUGUCAAGGUCCUGUUGGGUGGUAUUAACCGCAGGAUCGACCGCAAGAUGCCCGUGCUUUGA